AUUAUUUCUGUAACAUAAAUACCAGCAGUACAGUACUCGACAUUCCAACAACUAAGGUUAGAAAACAAGUCGUUCAAUACCCGACCUUUGUAACACUGUAACCAUGAGCAGUGGGUUUCAAAAGUGCCACACAUUGAUGAUUACUGGAGCUAAUCGCGGCCUCGGUUUGCAGAUGGUCAAAGCUCUGGUGAAUAGCAGCCACUGUCCUAGGAAAGUGAUUGCUACAACCCGAGACAAAAGCCGAGCCAAGGAGUUGCUGGAUUUGGCUAAGAAAUACCCUUGCAUUAAUGUGGUGACUCUUGAUGCUAUAAAUCAAGAUAGCAUAGAACAGGCCUCCAAAGAAGUGGAGUCAUUGUUGGGGGAUGAAGGAUUGAACUGCCUGAUUAACAACGCUGGAAUUAAUAUAUCUGGUACUCUGGAAACUGUUGAGGCAGAACAGAUGAUGAAAAAUUAUGAAACCAAUGCAGUUUCUCCCCUUAUGAUCACCAAGGCGUUUCUGCCCCUGUUGAAGAAAGCAGCGAAGCAGGGCACCGGCAUGGGGAUUCACAGAGCUGCAGUGGUCAAUGUGUCCUCCUUGCUGGGAUCCAUUGAACUGAACUGGGGACCUGGAGCUGAGUUUAAAACCUACCCAUACAGGGCAUCAAAAGCAGCCCUGAAUAUGUUGACUAGAUGUGUAGCAGUUGAUUUAACCCCUGAGGGAAUUCUGUGCAUGGCUGUCCACCCAGGAUGGGUGCAAACUGAUAUGGGGGGCCCAGACGCUCUUUUAAGUAAGGAAGAGAGUAUUAAUGGAGUCCUCUCGGUGAUUGGUAGUUUGUCUGAAAAGAACAAUGGGGGAUUUCUUGACUACACAGGACAGACUCUGCCGUGGUGAAGAUUCUUUUAUGAGUCCCACACCAUCAAAAUACAUUACAACAAGUUAAUCUGUUAGACAAGUCGUUCUCACAUGUUACCAGGUAUAUUUCUUUUUUUGAUCAAGCACACUUUGAUCUGCCACAUUUUUUGACUUUGGAAACUUUGGUUAAUAUGUUAAGAUCUUUUUAGGUAUUGAAGUUGUUUGUGUAACACAGUCUUUUCAGAUUAACUUUUAUUAAUAAAUGGAGUUUGGAAUUGAAAGAAUUUGUAUGCAUUAAAACACAAAAAUAAAAUUAUUUUCCACAUUGUACAA